AUGCCCAAGAAGGCGGGCCCCUCCCUCCUUUGCGAGUGGAUGGUGGGAACAACUAUCCAAUCCGCUCUCGGUCCUCCUCCAAAACCGCCAAAACCCAAGUCAAAGAGACGAGACGUCAUAAAACUCCACGUAACAACGGAUGAUGAAUCUGGAGAAGACACACUCACAGUUACUUACCCUCGGCCUGAGAGGCUAAGAGAGAACAAAGAGACACCGGCCGCAGUGUCUAAAACACCCGAUCCCCAGCCUGAGCCUGAAUCUGAGACAGAGCCAGAGCCGGUGGAAGUUGUAAAAAAGGUUCGGUUCGAGAAAGGGCCAACCCCGAAGAAAUCUGCCAUGAAGAAGAAGACAUCAGUUACAUUCUGCGAGGAGGAGGAGACACAAUCAGAGUCUACUGCAGAUGUCACUUCUACCUCUGCCUCGUCCGGAGAGGCAACUCCCGAGGCUAGUUCCUCGAAUGCGAGCUCUGCUGCUGAAACUUCAUCUGCGGGAGAGACAUCUUCCGAAAGUUCGUCUGCUUCAGCCAAGACGUCAAAGACAAGGUCCCCCAAGAGCAAGAAGAUAGUGAAGCCAGUCCAAAGUUCGGACAGCGAUCCCGAUUCCGAACCUCACCCAACAUGUGAAUGCAAAGAAUGCGCUUCGGGAAGAAAGAAGCAGAAGCAAGGGCCUACCUGCGAGAAGAGGAAAUGCAAAAAGAAUGACAAGAAGGGAGCAACCAAAAAGAAGAAAGAAACAGAGUCCGAAUCAGAGCCUGAGACAUCAGCUUCUGAAGCAGAGUCUGAAGCUGAAGAGCAACCCACACCAUCAAAGAAAGCAAAUGAAAAGAGAAAAGAGAAAAGGAAGGCCGAGGUCUCCAGUACCGGAGGGGAAACUUCGGAAUCAGCAAAGGAAACUGAAGGCGAAUCUGAAGCGGCAGUGAAGAAGUCUCCCGACAAGAAGAAGAAGAACAAAAAUAGUAAAAAGGCUGAAAAAACUGAAAAGAAAGCGAGCAGUCCAAAAGGCGAAGAAAAAAAGAAGUCCGACGAAGAAAAGGAGCCUGAAAAUGAACCUGAAAAAGCAGACGAAGCGAAGAAAGCAGAGCAAUCCAAGUCUGAACAAACACCAACAGGGAAAGGAAAGGAAAAGGAAGUUGACGAUACUACACCAACUCCCAAGGCGAAGGACAUGGACCUGAAGCUGCAUUGCUCAGGAGGUUAUCAUUACACGAACUCUCGCCCCCCGAAUCUCAUUGCUCCUAUCCGCGCAGAAGUCAUGCAAACGGAGCGCGUGGUCGAAACCCAAGAUGACCCUCCUCCAAAUGCAUACUACGAUGCUUUACAUGGUGUCGUUCGCGUAUAUCACGGGUCUGUGUAUGGACAAAAUGGGCAGCAGAUGUUUGCUGCUCGCGAGAAUACUGCUGCCCCCCGGCAUUCUUUCAGCAGUUCACAUGCGGUGCAAAAUCCAUAUUAUCAUGGCUACAACAACGUAAUGCCUAUGCCGCCACCCCAACAGCAUCUCCCGCCACAUGGAUAUGAGCAUGUACCGAUUACCCAAGGCAUGCCGAUGCCAGGUUGGAAUGCCAUGGUGCCGCCUCCUGGCUAUCCGCCGUACAACUACCCGGGACUGCAUCCAAUGUCUGCAGCUUGGUACGAUCAGCAACUGAACAAGCAGGGAACGAAAGGCGCAUUCAACAAUAACGUCAUGCCGGAGGCGACAAAGUCUCCUUUCAGUAACAUGGGCAGUAACCGCUCUGUUUCCAACGGUAAACCGCCAUCUCACUCUGGUCAUUCCAACUGUUCCAAAAAUGGGAACAGAGAUACAGGCCCCAACUGGGAUACCAAUUCGCGAAGGAGCGUCGGAGCAUGGGCAAACAGCAGCAAUCAUGGAGGUGCAUGGGGCGAUGGCGGCGACGCAAACAACAAUAACAACCAGGGAGGCGGCGAUCAAUGGGGUUCUGGUGGCAAUGGUGGCGAUACAUGGGGCACGACGAACAAUAAUAAUGAUCAAUGGGGCAACAAUAACAACGACACAGGAGCUGAUCAAUGGGGAACUGGAGCUGGGAAUGAUCAGAAUAAUCAGGGAGGCUGGGGGGCUUCUGAUAACGCGAACAAUGGCGGUGGUACCUGGGGCGAUGGGAAUGCAAACGAUAACCAGCAGACGAACGAUAAUAACGGCAACAACGGUAGCUGGGGGCAAGGACAAAAUCAAGAUCAAGGCCAGUCGAAUUCCCCAGCAGGAGGGAAUGAACCAAACACCUCCAUGAUAGAUAACAAUGUCAUCCCCGCAGCCGCUGUGACAGGUGUAUCGGGUGAACAGGAACAGUCCAAGAUGCCGGGAAGCUGGUGUUCGGAUGACAAUGGGCAAGCGGCGUUCGUGGAUCCGAAGUGGUCAUCAUAUCAGCCUCCGCCUGCGGUGCCCGCGUGGGGGGAUCCAUCAAUGGCAGCAGAUACAGGAGGAGCGGUGGACUGGUGA